CGCCAGAUCUGAUCCACUGAACUCAUCGAAUCUAAUCGUACUCUCAAUGACAAUCAGCGGGUCUCAUAUCCAUUUCUGAGUCAAGACCGAUUAUCCAGGACGAUGUCCGAGGAAAUCCGAAUAUUGGUGUUGAGGUGGGGGAAAGCAGAGAUAAAAGCCCCUCAUUGACGCGACCCAAACCCGAACUCAAGCUUAAAUACCAUCCAUUCGUCACCUCUUAUUCUUCAAGAGCUACACAACUUAAACUUCCAAUCGAACACCACAAACCAACCCAAAAUCCACAGCACACCAAGCAAAAUGCCUUCCCUCAACGGACGCGAAAUCGGCCACACCGGCUACGGAACCAUGAGAAUGACCUGGGUCCCUCAGCCUCCCUCGGACGAGCAAUGCUUCGAAACCCUGAACGCCACUCUCAAGCUCGGUGCCAACUUCUGGAAUGCCGGCGAGCUCUACGGCACACCCGAUUACAACUCGUGCCACCUCCUGAACAAAUACUUCACCAAGUACCCCGAGAACGCCGACAAGGUCGUCCUGAGUAUCAAGGGUGGCUUGAAGCGUGGAGAGCUUACCCCCGAUAGCUCCGAGGCCAACAUCCGCCGCAGUGUGGACGAGUGUCUGCGCGUGCUGGACGGAAAGAAGACGAUCGAUAUCUUCGAAUGCGCUAGACAGGAUCCCAAUGUGCCGGUGGAGCAGCAAGUGACUGUUCUGGCGCAAUAUGUCAAGGAGGGAAAGAUUGGAGGUAUUGGGUUGAGUGAGGUGGAUGCAGAGACUAUUCGCAGAGCACACAAGGUCCACCCGAUCGCAGCGGUAGAGGUUGAAUUGUCCCUCUUUGACACCACAAUCCUCAACAAUGACGUCGCUAAGGUUUGCGCUGAGCUCAACAUCCCCGUUGUGGCUUACUCGCCUUUGGGCCGCGGUGUGUUGGCCGGUGCUUUCACCAGUGUGAACGAGAUCCCUGAGGGCGAUUUCCGCAGAAUGCUACCCAAGUUCCAGGAGGAAGCCAUGAAGGAAAAUAUCAAGCUGGUCAAUGAGGUCAAGGCCCUGGCUACGCGCAAGGGUGUCGCUCCUGUACAGAUCGCCCUGGCUUGGAUUCUCACUCUCAGCGGCAAGCCGGGAAUGCCCACCAUCAUUCCCAUCCCCGGUGGUACGACGGUUGACAAGGUUACUCAGAACCUGGAGGGAGUGCCUCGCCUUAGUGAUGCUGAGAUGGACGAGCUUAAGGGUAUUUUGGAACGGAUCCAGGUGGUCGGAAGUCGCUACUAAGCUACAGUUGUACGGUCUUCACGAGGCGAGUGCUUUGGUAAUUUCUUGAGAUUGAACAUAAUAUCAUGGCUAUAUAUAUAGUAUAGGAGAGAUAAUGAGAUCCUGAAUAAGCCAGAAUUGUCAGCUUGUGUUGACGUGGCAGCAAUGGAAAGCUUCAUGGACACAAUGAAAACAGACGAGGGGUCAGAUCAAGUGUAGAAGAGUCAACAUGCAAUCUCACAAAAAGGAGAUUGUCAGGAUUGCAGAAUUCUUGAUUAAAUCAUCAUGGAAGUUGCGGCAGAUUCAAAACACAAUAAAGUGGUAGGAAAUUGGCGGCAACUUACCCUGCUCAACAGUGUGUGGGCAGAAUCUGUUAGACAGAUCACGAAAACAAGAAACUAUUAGCUAGAAAGUAGCUCAAUUAGCUACUGGGAGAGAAAUUGAGUCACAUUAAAUCUCAAAGCGAAUUCCCAAGUUGCGUUAUUUCCCAAUGUCUUGGACAAG